CCCACGUGGUGACGCCGUAUCUAAGCGUCUGUGUUUCUCUUCGCGUUUUCGUGUACUGUUCGUCACGUUGCCCCUGCAUGUUUUCAUCGUAUGUUCAUCUGACGAGUCAACUGUUACUACUCGAAGAUGCGCUGUCACCAUCUCCUAGAGAUUGCAAUGUUGUUCUCGUUCGAGUCGAUUACUUAACUUAAACAUAAAAUUACACAGUUCACUCUUUUUUAUUACCAUGCAAGUUUUGAUGGCUCUAAAAUUUACCAAAUAUUAGUUCACUUCGGCAAGACUCAGGAGUAGUGCGCCUCGUGUGUUUUCACGCUCGUGUGAUAUAAAAGUUUUUUCAGCAUUUCGACUGAUGGUUUACAAAUCAAUCAAUCUUUUUAAUAGGUUCCGGAAAUUGUUGGUCAAUUUUUGAAAAUCAAUCUUCGAUCGUCCUUAAAUUUGCAUGUUACAACGGAGAAAUUAAAGUGCUAGAGUCCUCUGGUGGAAAAAGGGUUUCGAGAGUCCAUAGGAAAGUCUCUGGGGUCCCCAAAAUUUUUCUCAGAAAUAUUGCUAUUCAUAUUUUAUCCCAGCAUUUUGGAUUAAAAUCUGGCGAAAUAUCAUUGAGUUUUAUCUAUUUGAACAUGUAUUAAAUGCACAUUUUGUCUCUCGCCUUUUUGCAUUCUGAUUUUGGAAACCAAUCAAGAGGGUAAAAAUGAAUAAAAAUUGAAUUUUUUUUUGUGAAUACAUUUGAUUAAAAUUUUGUUUGACACCUUGAAAUUGACUGGAAAAACGAAGAAGAAUAGGAAUACUUAGGGCUGUUGGAACCUUAGAUGCCCAUUUAGGCAAAAAUAAAAAUAUUCCACCCGGAAAAAACUGUCAUCUGAUCGUGCUUUGUGUCAUCUAAUCUGUGAACUUCCAUCUUUCACAAGGAAUCGAUUACAAUGCGUUCAGCUGCGUGCUUUGCGUCCUCUUUACUAUGCUGUUUUACUAUUUUGCAAGGUUGCGGGUGUCUCCGGGACGUGAAUCUGGAGAUCAAGCCUUCGAUCGUUCAGCGAGGUCACGAGACGACGCUCUUCUGUCACUACGAUCUGGAGGACGGAGCGCCCCUCUACUCCGUCAAAUGGUACCGAGGCAGGCACGAGUUCUACAGGUACUCGCCCACGGAGAGACCAUCUACCAAGAUAUUCCCUUAUGAAGGCAUAAAUGUCGAUAAAGCGGCAUCCAAUGCCAGCGUGGUAGUUUUGCAGUAUGUGGGAUUCAGUCUGUCUGGUAAUCUUUCAUGCGAGGUUACUGCUGAUGCUCCCUCUUUUGCCACAGCGGUUGUUUCCAGACAGAUUCUUGUCGUUGAGUUGCCUGAGGAAGAUCCAGUCAUCCGGACGGAACAUAACAGAUAUUUCCCAGGAGACUACCUUAUAGCUAAUUGUACCUGCCCACCGUCGAAGCCUGGUGCCUCUAUGGCGUUUUAUCUUAACAAUAGAUCGAUUCUUCAAGAAGAAAGAGAGCCUCUUUCAGACGAAGGAGACGAGCUUGUUGAAAAUAUAAUCAAUCUUUCGAUGCAACUAGAUCCCAGCCAUUUUUACAAGGGAACGUUCACGCUGAAAUGCAGCGCCGUAGUCACACCUCUAUACCAAAAAACAGUAGAAAUUCGGUUGUCGAAUAGCCCGUACCAACCCGUUCCUGAGAGAGUCAUGCGAUCAGGAUGCUUGAAAACGCAAAGACUUCCGAAAGUGUUCUACCUCAGUCAAGUAAUGGUGUUAUUAUCCCUUUGGAGAUAGCUCAUGUCUGAAGCUGAUUUAGACAUGCAGUGCAAUGUCGUCUAACCGCCUAAAAAGUCAUGCCCGAACUAGCUAUUUUUCUCAAAAACUGUGAUAAUUACUUUAGCUAUUAGUAUGUAUCUGUAUCUAUAACGUGUAAAUAUUGUAAUAUAUUGAUUCUUCUACAACUAAAGAAAACUAACACAAGGAUAAUGGCAGCAACGCCCAAGUGAUGUCAGUGUAUUAAGAAUUGAAUUAUACGGCAAAUGCGCUUUUUGCAUGUAAGUUAGGGUGAUCCUCCUCUCUCGAAGAAGUAUAAACAUGUUUGCCUCUAUAAAAACUAGACGCAUUACUGCAAAAUAAGGAAAUCUGCAUUGACAGACCCAAAGGAAGAACCUACUUGUUCAAGGAUUUUAUUUUUGGAGUUUGGAAGGUAAUUCAGUCCAAAAUUGCAUUCCCAAGACCUACUAUCAACGGAGAUAUAAACGGAAAGAAUAACUCGAUCUGGAAUAAAUAAAGUGUUUUCUCUCGGUUGAAAAUUUAGGGAAAACAUGAUAAUGUGGAACAAUGGGGAUACCAUGUUGAUAGAUUUGUGUCAGAUAAUACUGCUCUAAUUGGCCUACAUUUUAAGAUUAGGAGCUACAAUUUCUAGUUCAUUGUAGCGACAACAUACGUGCCCUUUACCUCCCUAUGCAAAUAGUUGUUUUUAUAUGUGAGCCAAAAAUUGUAAUUUCUUAUUUCAAAAUUUGGCCCAGAUGAAAACUAGAUGACGCAAAAUGAGUCUAUCCUCAGGAGAGUAAAAAGCCCUAACUGCCACUGGCUUUGAAUGGAAUUUUGGGUGGUUUUUUCGAGUACUCUCUCUUACCAUUCGUCCUCUGUACUUAAUAUGCCUAAAUUCAUUCCAAUUUCCGUGUCUCACGUACGUAAGCAGCUCUAGGCUAUUGCCUUUACAAUAUCUUUUUUUUCAAAACUCCGCAAUGCCGGUACACCGUUUUUUUUUUUAAAAUGCGUCUUAUUUACCGCCAUCAAUACGAGAUUUUAUAGCUAGUAUAAAAUUGACAUAUUAGUGAAGCGUAUGUGUGCUUAACUUCAACAACCGAAAAAAUAUACUUCAGAUACUGAACUUCUUACUGUAUGCCUCAUUGGUUUUUUGAGAGUCUUUUUGUCACUGACCAGUCCAUCCAUCAGUUAAAUUUUACAGGGAUUCAAGGACAGGUCAUUAUCGUCAAUUUUAAAUAUUCAUCUGCCUUGUUAAUAAACAAUUCAAAGCAAGAAAAUGUCUGUCGUACGGAGAGUUUUCUUAGGUUCACGUCCCGGUUUUAAGAGGGAAAACCUCAUAAAACCUCUUAAAACAAUGUGCAAAUAAUUAAGUUCUCAUAAUCCCGCAGGCAUCCAUUUUUCAAGACGCGCAAAGAACUAAUUGACAGCAUUUCAUUAUUUUAUGCUUCGAACGAAAAUGUGCGGAAUGACGACACGAGAGACAAUGUUUUAUUGUUAAUAUAUUUUAUGUAUCUGUUCAUUGUUUGAAUAUCUUUUAAAGAAAAACUUCUUUGAAUGUUUGAUUACCUAAUGAAUUAAAUAUUUUCUUUGCUCA